UACUGUGCGCAUGACGUCCGUAGAUGACAGUUUGCGUUGUAUUUUUUUAGGAUGCUGUAUGGAAACACUAAGAUUAUUAGUGUCACCAUAAUUAUCACUGUUAUUGUAAUUAAGAUAGAUUUUUCAUCAUUUGCCUUUCAUAUGAAAAACAUUUAGCAGUCAUUCGUAAAAAACAUAGUUUGUGAGGUAGCGCUUUAAUUUUGAAAAGUCGAACCGGAUGUAUUAUUCAAGUUCUGCCAUAGAUAGCGAACUAGCUAGUUUGUUGUUUAAGCAGCAUCUGCCAUCUAUUAUAUUUUUGCUUCCAUUGAGUUUGACACAUCGGUGAUUAGCUGCCAGAUUGUGACCAGCGCUGGAACUUGGCGAAAAACGAAACCAGGCUGCCUACAGCUACCGUUAAAUGUGCACUGACGUAACGUUGUAUGUGCUUGUUGUUGCAACCUCGCCCACUAAGUUAGCUAACUGUUAACCUUGAUAGACAUUCCCACCGGCCUGCAAACAGCCUAUGAAGUGCAGCUAGCUAACUCCCUCAAGCUAGCUGUGCCUUGCACCUUUACCAGUUCACUUGAGUGAUGCAGCUGAGGUGUAUCCAUUGUUGAACCCUCAUGAUGGCUGGUUCCCAGUGGGAGCUUCCUCCAGAACUAUGUUGUCGGCCUAUGGCCUUCGUGGCUUUAACCGGUCUGGAUGUGGUGUACAAUGCUGUGCACCGGGCCAUUUGGGACGCCUUUUGCGCCAACCGGCGAGCUGACAGAGUUCCUAUCUCCUUCAAAGUCCUCCCAGGAGACCACGAGUACCCCAAAUGUCGCACUAAGCGAACGUCCUAUGAGUGGUACAUUCCUAAAGGCAUCCUGAAAACGGGUUGGAUGAAUAAACAUCUGAACCUGGUACCAGCUCUGGUUGUGCUCUUCUAUGAAUUGGACUGGGACGACCCACAGUGGAAAGAGAAACAGUCUGAAUGUGCAACUAAAGUGGAGAUUGUCAGGACCAGUCUUCAGGGCAGGAACACCAAGGUGGCUGUGGUUCUAAUCCAGAAGAAAACUCCUCUACCUCCAGGAGAGGACCUGGUAGCAUCAGAGAGGGCAGCGGCUCUUUGUAAUGCCUGUGAUCUGUCUGGCAAGAGUCUCUUUGUACUGCCACACACUGACCACUUGGUGGGCUACAUCAUAAGGUUGGAGAAUGCUUUCUAUGAACAUGCUCAGACAUACUACUACACUGAGAUCCGGCGAGUCAAAUCACACAAAGAGUUCCUCAACAAGACAACACAUCAGCUGCUGUUUGUUAGGCACCAGUUUAAAAUUGCCUUCUUCAGUGAGCUGAAACAGGACACCCAGAAUGCUCUCAAGUACUACAAAACUGCAUAUAGUCUUGUUCAUGAGCUCAGAGCUCAUGAGACCAACAUAUUGGAGAUCAAAACUAUGGCUGGAUUCAUCAACUAUAAGAUCUGCCGUCUGUGUUUCCAGCAUAACACUCCUCUAGAUGCUAUAGCUCAGUUCAGGAAGCACAUUGACCUGUGUAAGAAGAAGAUCGGCAGUGCUGAACUGGCUUUUGAGCACGCUGCAUGGAUGUCUAAACAGUUCCAGUCAUUUGGUGAGCUGUUUGAUGAAGCAAUAAAGUUGGGUCUGACCGCAAUCCAAACCCAGAACCCUGGUUUCUACUACCAGCAAGCUGCCUGUUACAGCCAGGACAGGAAACAGCUGGCACUGCAGCUUUGCCAGGCUGGAGCGAGUUACCCCUCCCCUGAACCACUGGACGUCCAGAGUGGGGGCCUAGACUUCUAUGGCCAGAGACCCUGGAGACAAGGACACCAGAGUAUUGAUCCUCCAGAUGCAGAGAAGGAGAAGACAGGAAUUCUGGCACUGCAGAUUAAAGAGAGAGAUGUACCACAUUCAGAGCUGAUAAUAGCACUUGUCAGUAAUGCUGUCGCCCAGUUUAAAAAGUACAAGUGCCCUCGAAUGAAGAGUCACCUCAUGGUGCAGAUGGGAGAGGAAUACUACCAUGCUAAAGACUACACCAAAGCCCUAAAACUGUUGGACUACGUGAUGUGUGACUAUCGCACAGAGCGAUGGUGGGGCCUCCUGACAGCCAUUUUGACUACAGCUCUGCGCUGUGCUUAUCUGAUGGCCAGUGUUAAAGACUACAUUAUAUACUGCAUGGAGCUGCUGGGCAGAGCAUCAACCUUGAAAGAGGAACAAAAGUCGAGGAUUGAGAAGAAUCUUCUCAAAGUCCUGACGAACGAGGUCCCUGACACUGAGCCGGAGUGUGAUCCAUCCUCUGUCAGUGCAGCUAGGUCACUAUGGAACGACCGCAUGGCUUUGGCUGGAUCUAAUGAGCUCACUAUAGAAGUGCAGGACUACAUCCCAUUCAUCCAGUGUAAGGCCAAGUUCCAGUCUCCCAGUUUCCAUGUAGACCAGCCCAUCCAACUCCAGGUUUUCCUCCGAGCUGACUGUCCUCAUCCAGUACCAUUUAACAAACUAGCUGUCAGCCUCAGUAACCAGGAGUACAACCAGUGGUGUGUGGUGGAGUCUUCAGAUCAGGAGAGUAUGAGCCUGUUGCCAGGAAAAAACAAAUGCUACAACUUCAGCUUUGUAGCGAAGACUGAAGAUGUUGGCAAGAAGAUAGAGAUGACGGGUAUUGAGGUGAUGCUGGGUGGUGACCGUGGACGCUGUGUGUUUGUGAGCUGGAGAGGGGCGGGUGGAGAUGCAGCCUCUACCCAUGAAGCCUUGCAGGCCAGCAGGUCAUCACGUCGAUGGGGGCGGUGCAUUGAGGCACGUCAAGAGCUGGACUGGGACAGCCUGACCAUGCAGCACAGUACCAUGAUCAUCUCCAGAGUCCCAAAGAUCUCUGUUCAGCUGAACCACCAGCCUCCUGCACUCAGCAAUGAAAUGUACUGCAUCUUCCUCACUAUUCAGUCACAGGAAGAGGGCGUGGCAAAGGAUGUCAAACUGACAGCUGGCCUCAAACCAGGCCAGGAUGCCAACCUAGGCCAGACCACGCAUGUGACACUCAAUGGCUCAAAGGUUUGUGAUGACACUGCACCUGCCCUGCUCCCUGAUGUACCUCUAGGAGACCUGAAACCAGGCAAAAAGUUGGAGAGAUGUGUAUAUAUGAAGUGUGUGUCUACUGGGCCAAGGGUCUUCCUGUUCCAUGUGGCCUACAGCAUUGAUACCACAGUGGAAGGAUGUCAGAUUGUCUGCAAAUGUCAUAAGGAUGAGACAGUUACCAUAGAGACGGUGGUCCCAUUUGAGGUGUCUGUCAAGUUUAUGUCCACCAAGGUCUGUAACCGAUACAAUUAAAUUUUAUUUAUAUAGCGCUAAAUCACAACAACAGUUAUCUCACAGCG